GCCAAGCCAAACACCGAAGUCUUUAUACAGUCCCCACACCAACACCAGACAGACCAGGAUCAUCGUACCGGCGCAGAGCAACGAUGAGCAUGAUACUCAUCGUCAUGUAUUUUGUGGUGAUGUUCUUGGCAGCUGCGCCGCAAGCAUCUGCUGCGGUCUCUGGAGCGACUGGAGGGAUCUUACAGAUCCCUUCUAAUGACUCCUUGGCUCACUGCAUCACAAGGUGCGGGGACAUCGACUUCUCCUACCCCUUUGGGAUAGGGGCCGGCUGCUUCCGUCAAGGCUUCGAUCUCACCUGCAACCACUCCACCAAGCAUCCCAAGCUGUUUCUAGGCAGCAGCACUGUCGAGGUCACUGGCAUGUACUCCAACGACGUUGUAGUUUUCACCCCUAUAAUCUUCAACGUUACAACGAGUCCAGGUACAAAUACUUACAACAUGUCAUGGGAGGCCCCUACUAAUGGUAUUGCUAUCACUAGUGAUAAUAAUUUGUACGUAGCUGGUUGUGAUUUUGACGUCACCCUUUUUGAGUAUGGUACGGGAGACAUGGUUGGUUCUUGUAUGAGUAGAUGCGCCGGCAAGAAGGCACCAACUGGGGGGGCAUGUAAUGGAAAGGGAUGCUGCCUCAUCCCAUUUGCAAGAAACCUGCAGGGGUUUCGGGCGAAACUUGUUAGCACUAAUACUACGGCAACAGAAGCAGAUUGGUUGCACCCUGGCUUCAUGGCUUUUGUGUCAUCUGAUUAUAGUUACAGAGAUGAUGAUGAUAACAGUGUUAAUACAACCGCUGUUUUCUCUGGUUGGUCAAAUGCAAGCAAUAUUCAUGGCGCUGAGCUUAGUGUUAACAUCAUCGACCAACUAAGCUGUGAAAGUGCACAAAUGAAGAACGCAAGCUAUGCCUGUAGCAACGGCAGCAGUUGCCAGAAUUCCUCAUCUGGUGGUUACGGGUGUUACUGCUCUUCUUAUGGAGAAGGCAACCCUUAUAUUUUAGAUGGAUGCAUGCAACAUCCAGAUUAUAAUGCCAAGCCGAAAGAACACUGUCACGCAUCAUGUGGAUCCAUUACUGUUCCCUUCCCCUUUGGCCUCGAAGAAGGGUGUUUUGCAAGCGAAAAAUUUCAUCUUAAUUGUACAUCUGGUAAUCUCACAGUUUCUUUCUCAGAAGAGAUACAAUAUCAUGUGACUGAUAUAUCCGUGGAAGAUGGUACUCUGAGUGUUAGCAACAUGGUGAACGGAAGUAAUGAAAAGGAGGCAAUAUUUGUACAGACUAAAGAUGAAUACGGAGUGUAUGCCUCUGUGGAAGGUCAAUUUGAUUUCUCUACGGAAUACAACAUUGUUAUAAAGUGGGCGGUUGCCAAUUUAACAUGUCCAACAGCUAUGCAAAAGGAUACCACGUAUGCAUGCCGCAGUUCCCAGAGCGGUUGCCUAAACGUCACCCAUGGGGAUAUGUUUAUGGGAUAUCGUUGCAAGUGUUCGUCAGGCUUUCAAGGAAAUCCUUACGUCGAGUAUGGCUGCAGAGAUAUUGAUGAAUGCACACUACCAAACUACUGCAAUGGGACAUGUCAAAAUACCCUUGGAAAUUACACUUGCUCAAGUUGUCCACAUGGAAAAGAGUUUGAUCCGAUAAAAAGGCAAUGUGUUAGAUCAGCGAAGCAACACAAUAUUCUUUUGGGUAUUGCAACUGGAACUGGAUGUGGCCUUGGAUCCAUAACUAUUGCAGUGUGUGUAAUUGUCUUUGCCAAUAGGUGGAAGAAAGGCAUCCAAAAGAGAAUCCGACAAGCACACUUCAAGAAAAAUCAAGGCCUACUCUUGCAGCAGUUGAUCUCAGAUGAAAGCGCAACAAACAAAACUAAGAUAUUCUCCUUGGAGGAACUAGAAAAGGCAACCAACAACUUUGAUGCCACUCGUAUUCUUGGUCGUGGUGGACAUGGUACAGUCUACAAAGGGAUUCUAUGUGACCAACGACUGGUGGCUAUUAAAAGAUCCAAAAUUGUGGAGCAGACUGAGAUAGACCAGUUUAUCAAUGAGGUUGCUAUCUUAUCUCAAAUUAUUCAUCGCAAUGUGGUAAAGCUAUUUGGUUGUUGCCUUGAAUCUGAGGUGCCUUUGCUGGUGUACGAGUUUAUAUCUAAUGGCACAUUGCAUGACCUUCUUCACAUUGACUACACUUCCAAAUGUUUGUUGUCAUGGGAUGAUCGCAUUAGGAUUGCAGUAGAAGCAGCAGGAGCACUUGCUUAUCUGCACUCGGCUGCUGCAAUACCUAUUUUCCAUAGAGAUGUGAAAUCUUCUAACAUACUAUUGGAUUGCAGCUUUGCUACAAAGGUAUCUGACUUUGGUGCUUCAAGGUCUCUUUCCCUCGAUGAGACUCAUGUGGUGACUAUUGUCCAAGGAACAUUUGGUUACCUAGAUCCAGAGUAUUACCAUACUUGGCAGCUAACUGAAAAGAGUGAUGUGUAUAGUUUUGGAGUAAUACUUGUGGAACUUCUGACAAGAAGAAAACCAAUUUUCAUCAAUGACCUAGGUGGAAAACAAAACUUGUCCCAUUAUUUCGUGGAAGGAUUGCAAGAGGGAGUUGUCAUGGAAAUAAUGGAUCCUGAGGUUGUGAAAGAGGCAAACCCGGAAGAGAUUGAUGAUAUUUGCUCACUUGCGGAAGCAUGCUUGAGAUUCAAAGGAAGAGACAGACCUACUAUGAAAGAAGUAGAUAUGAGGUUGCAAUUCCUGCGAACUAAGAGGCAAAGAAAAUGCAAACUUCUCCCAGCUGGUGAUGAAGUGAUUGAGCCUUUUUUACGCCCAAAGGUUGGUAAUUAUGAUGCACCAAUGAAUGUUGUCAAUGCUAGUAAUUCCACAUCAAAAGCCACCUCUAGUUGCUACAGUCUAGAGCAAGAACUUUCAUCAUCUAUCACCUGGCCACGCUAAGUACACAUGUGCAAUAUUACAAUCGCGUCAUUCCAAGUAUUCAUUUGAAUUAUCAUAUUUUUCUACGGAUUUAUAAUAUGUUACAUAGUUCAGUUUAAAUGAGAUUAUGUCAUGUAAUUUUGCUUCUAUAUAUUUGGAACAUUUAUUUGUAGCUCAUGUCAAUUGUGUACAAUUAGAUUAUAACUAUUUGUGACGAAAGAGCCUCGUGUUGAUCA